GCAUUUUCCAGCUGCAAUAAAUCUUCCUUUACAUUUUAUAUAUAAUAUCUUUACCUUAGUGUUCAAUCUAAUGAGAAACUAAAUUUGAAAAAGAACAAGAAGAAUGAAAUGCUUAUCUUGUUCAUUAGCAAGGUGUUCAUUUGAAUCUAAGGUAUACAAUCAUAUGACAGAGUUCAAAUGACAAAUGUAAUGUGCUUCUUUGCGACCCAUUACUUGCAGACUUUAAAUUGUGAUUCAAUGGCCCAGCAAAACAUGAAAGUGCGCCCGGUGCUACUGAAGAGAAACAGUCUGGAUUCAUUUGAUUUUAUGAGGCAGCCACAUCACCGCAGAAGCAAAUCUCAGCAAGUUCGUUUCAAGGAUGAUGGUUGCAACACAAAGACAGUGGAUGUCACUGAUCUGGAUAAUAAUCCUGCCCAAGACAUUGCAUUAAUGAUUGAAAAUACAGAAAUAUCUCAACAACACAAAUUUUUGUUACAACCUCCAUCUUUUCCAAAGGCUCAGAAGGGGCUUCAGAAUAUUGCCAUACAAACAUCUCCUAGCCUCAGGAAACACUUCCCUGUUUUUAGAAGAAAAAAGCUGCUGGUAAGCAAAUCACUAACAGAAAUGCCAAGUGAGACUAAAGACUGCACGCCAGUAAAUGACAAUCUUUCUGAACAAGACAUUAUGUCUUCAGACUUCUGUUACUUAAGAAUAAGUAGCCAUUUGGAAGAUGGAUUCAGGAAUAGUAAAGCGGAUGGUCAGUCAAGUCAAAGACUGCCAGAAGCACAAAAAAAUGGACAUAUCCAAAUCCAUGAUUCCUCAAUAACAGAAAAGACAACUGCUUCUACACAGGUGCCUGAAUACAUUCAUGUGAAUUUUCCACAAAACAGUGAUACUUCCAUGGAUGCAUCAGACACGACCAUGAAUUUAAAUAAUUUACUGCAUUCUUCUAAUUCUUCUACUAUCAUAAAUAGUAAUGAAAACAAUGAAACCAGCAUGCUGUCAUCUAUUCCUGAAAAAAUAUACCCUUGCCUACGUGAUUCCACUAACGGCAAUGAUUGUAAUCCUCAUUCUGACUCUUGUGAAACAGCUAACAGUGAUCCUGAGUUGCUUGUAGUCAGCAAAGACACAAGCAGUAAAGAAACUACUCCAUUAUCACCUCCAUCGAAUCAAAGUUCAUCUCCUUGUUUCCUCAGAAGCUAUCUACAGACAGUAGAGAAUAAAACAGAUUCCAGCUGUGUGACAGUAACAAAUGAUGAUCACACAGUAAUGUCAUCGACCAGCAGUAAUGCAUCAAAAUCUGUUUCUUCAGUUAGUACUGAAACUGAGAAAAAUUCUACUCUGUCUGAUGUUUCCCAAUGUAAUGGCUCUUUAGAAGGAUUUCACACGAAGUCUUAUCUGCCAAGGAAUGAAAUAAAACCACACAUCAACAAAGAGAUUAGUGAAAUAAAUCAAAUUCAUUUGACACAUGGUGAACUAUGUGCUCUACAAGGCAAGCUGCAGUCUGUAGAGGAAUCCUUGCUGUCAAACCAGGAGAAGAUUAAAGUCCUUUUGAAUGUAAUCCAAGACCUUGAAAAAUCCAGAGCCCUCAGUGAAGGGCGCAACUUCUACCACACCGGUCAAGACCUCAACAACUGCAGCACGUGUCAGAACACCGCAUGUAUAAUUUACAGCGUAGAAUAUGACUUCAGACAACAAGAAGGAAGAUUUCAACAGAUUUUGAAAAGGCUGGAUCAUGCAGAGCAAAAUCCAGCUUCAGGUUCGCCUCAGAAGCCAUCAUUUGAUCAUUCACUUCACGAGAAAAAGGAGUUGAGAAAGAAAACAAAAAAGGUGAAAAAAAAAUGCUUCUGGUGGAUUUGA